ACAAGCCAUCUUAGAGGCUUCUCUUCCGUUGGCUGGCCACACUGUUUUCAUCAUUCCCAGCCUCUGCGACCGUGUUCUGGCAAUUAUUGAGAUAAACUUGCAAUCGUGAAGUGAAAACUGUAGCUCAGUCGCUGCUUUAGACUACUUCGAAGCAUAUUCUACAAGAAUUCCAACAUGGUUGACCUCACCGACGCCGGCUCACCUUUCCAGCAGUCCAUCCCCAACCUAGCGUUCUAUGUGCCGGCUAUUGUUGUUUUUACCUUGGCAGACGCGAACCGUUAAAGGCCAGCCCACACAGUACAGCACCGCCAGUGAACUCCCCCGUAAUCGAUUGUACCAUCCUUGAUCAUGGCUGAGGAUCCGAUUAACCAGCAGGCCUUUGCUGAGGACGUGGCAGCUGCGGCUGCUGCCGGUGGAGCUGAUGGAUUCGCGGGAGCAAGUCCCGGUCCGGAGCCGGGCCACCCGGACUUCAAGAUGCCCAGCCCCGAGGAUAUUUGGAAGAUGGUCCAGGAUAUGGAGGGGAUAUCCGACGCGGAACGUGAAGAACUGCGCGAGAGCAUCUUUAAUCCAAAGCCGCCAUCGCCGGAGGACUUCAUGCGGCAGUACGGACACCCCGGCCACAGUUCCCGGGAGUAUUUGGUGUUCUUUGUGAUGCUGGCCCUCAUUCUGCUCGUCUUUGCACUCUUCGGCUACAAACUGUACAAGUCCCUGACGGAGAAGGAGCUGAAGAAGCAGGAGAAGCUCAAGAGCAAGCAGGCCAAGAAGGCGAAGAAGUCCAACUAAGUCCCUAUCCCGGAGGAGAUGCUGAGAGCAAAUCUGAGAGGGAAUAGCUUCCGACCCAGACACCCCACUUACUCUGUUAAACCGCACACACAAUCCCCCUGCACACUCCCCCUGUAAAUGACUAAAUUAUGAACCAGUAAACUUAAAUAAAUGAAAACAUUACCCAA